AUUGACCUCGUCUGCCAGCCACCCAGUCACUCACGCCCUUUGUUCUGGGGGUUUGACUCUUCUUUGUUAUAUUGCGAUCUCUAUUUGAUCAUCUAUAAGUUCGCUUUUUAUAUCUAGGAUAUCUGUACGAGUUUUACAGGGCGUGAGGCACUGCGCGCUAUUCAGUAGGCGCUUUUCACAGCGCCAUUUCUAUCCCCCAAGUCCUAUUUGACUAUUAUACCAGAGCGCGGCCUGCAAUUAUACGGCAUUGUUUCCUGUUUGAGGUGACGCGCGGAGAAACUCGAGACCUCAGGCAGCCAGUUUAACAUUCACCAUGGCGGACUCCGACUUGGACGCUGAGCUGCUCGCUCUUGCGGGCGACUCCUCUGACGAGGAGUCUUCUCACGCUCAAAAGCCCAAGUCUGCAUCUCCCCCUCCUCGUCAAUCUUCAUCAUCGCCACAACGCUCCCCGGAACCAGCACCCGCCAUGGGGCGCAAAGGCACUGCCAAACCGGUCAAGCGGUCCAGAAAAGCGAGGAGAGACGACGCUGAGGACGGUGAACUGUCUUCCGCUGAAUCCCAUAACUCGCUCCAGUCAGCCAGCAUGUCCGAAUCGGACUCUGAAGGCGAGGCUUCACCGCCCCCUGAGACUGACGAAGGGCCAAUUUUCCCCUACGAGAAGCUCUAUUAUUCCGCGAAGGACAAGGAAGAGAUCAUGGCCAUGUCUGAAAUCCAACGUGAAGAGAUCCUAUCAGAGCGUGCUCAGCAGGUUGAUCGUCAUAAUCAAGAUCUUGCUCUCCGUCGCCUUUUAGCGAGCCGGGAGCGCGAGGAAGCACGUGCGCAGGCAAAGAAGAACAAGCGCAAGGCGAGCAACGCUGAUUUGGAUGAGGGGCAUCGUAAGAGUUCGCGCCAAAAGACAACUCUGGGUGGACGCAAAGUAGGAGAAACAUCCGAUGCUAUUGAGGCCUACAAGAGACAGCGGGAGCAAAAGGGCAAGCGGGACGAACUUCGUCGACGGGAUGCCGCUACCAGGAAGUCGGACCGCAGAAGUCGCUCUCGCGAUGGUGGCAUUUCUGACGAAGACGCCGACGGCGAGAGUGAAGUGGAGUGGGAUGACAGGGCUGAUCGUUCGCCAACUCCUCCAAAGGAUGACCCUCCUGCAGAACUCAGAGACCUUCAGCGCGUCCGUGUGGGACGUAGCAACUUUGCACAGGUUUGCUUCUAUCCAGGAUUUGACGACGCCAUUUCUGGCUGUUAUACCCGUGUCAACAUUGGCCCCAAUCGCGAGACCGGCCUGAACGAGUACCGCGUGUGCUUGAUCAAGAAGUUUACCGAGGGCAAACCUUAUGCAAUGGAAGGCACCAACGGACGUACUUUCGCUACGAACCAGUAUGCUGUUCUGGCACAUGGCAAGGCAGAGCGAGAGUUCCCUUUCAUUGCAUGCUCUGACUCGCCCUUUACUGAGGCUGAGUUCAACCGUUACCGCCAGACGAUGGCCGUUGAAGAUUGCAAGAUGCCGACGAAAUCGAUGCUGGCUGCCAAGGUGUCCGAUAUCAACAGGCUCAUCAAUCAUAAGUUCACCACUGAAGAACUAAACGAGAAACUCCGCAAGCAAGGUGCCUUCGAUGUCAAAGGCAUGACAUUCCGCCGCAUUGAAUUGGAGAAGCAACUGAAAAGCGCCAUGGCUUCUGGAGACGAGGCGGAGAUCGCAAAGAUUGAAGCCGAAAUCAGGGAACUUACUGGACCGAAACUGAUCUCCGGCUCCGCUCCGAGGCCGCAGACGCAGAAGCAAAGCGAACAACAGCGUCUCUUCGAACUCAACCUGCGGAAUCAGAAGCUUAACACCGAGAAUGUUCGUCGCGCUCAGAUUGAAGAAAAGAAAGCUAGCCGCAAAAUGGCUGCUGCCGUCGCUCGUGGUGAAGCUGUGGUUGAUCGAUUCGCUCGUGUUAAAACGAAAGCCAAAACUCAUUACGAUGUCACUGGCAAUAACCGUCUUGUUCCGAAGAAGGAUGAUCUUUUCGAAGGCAGUGAUCUCAGCCACACUGGCACCCCAGUCCCCGGAUCUGACGCAUCGAAAGUCAACACCCCAAAGCGCAGUGAUACCCCGAGUGGUACUCAGAAGAGGCCUUCCAAGGGAGGCGUUGUCAUCCGUCACAAGAACAUGGACGACGAAAACAUUGCUGCUUUGGACUUGGACAUCGACAUUGAAAUUUGAAUUUGCAUUGUAUCAUAGCGGAGGAAUAUGGGGCGUUUGAGGAUGGGAUUGAAUCAAAGCCAGCCCACGUCUGGGACGUGAGCACAAGAACUGUUAGGGCGAUAUACCCUCUAAGGCUCGAGAUGUUGAAGUGCCGACCAGUUCUCUUCUAGCGAGAUCAUAAAGCAUUUAAUUCGACGUUCCGAAAGUGAUGGGCUUGUUUUAUGUGGCUACGGAAUCACUUUAUUCAGUUACUGUCUGGCCCGGAAGAUUCUUUCUAGAUAUGUCAAAUAGGACAUAAAAUAAAAUAGUGUAUCUUGCAAAAGUCAUUAACGACUUACCUGAGAAAUUCGCUCGUGCACUCUGUAGAAGCACCUUGGCAAUGGACUUGCUGUUCUGCGUGCUAGUCUAUGUUGGUUUCUGGCAUGUAGGUACCACUAUAACAACAUUUGUGAAUACAAUGUCUCCGUCUAUAACACCUUACACAGCCGCCUCUAAUACCAAUUAUUUCAUGAAAGA